CGCCAUCCUGUUCCAGGCCUCCGAGAAGCCAACCGCCGUCGUCGACGCCCUAAACCUAAACCAAGAUCGACCCGACGACGUAGACCCUGACCAUGGAGGAGGCAGAGAAGGGGGAGAUCUUCGAGAGGAACACCAUGUCGACAUUGGACAGGCAUCCGGAUCCGUGGCCGACGGCUGGCCUGCUCACCGACGACCUCAUCCUGGAGAUCCUCUCCCGCCUCCCCGCCAGAUCCCUCCACCGCUUCAAGUGCGUUUCCGUGUCCUGGCGCGACCUCAUCGUCGACCCUGCCAACCGCAACAAGCUGCCACAGACCGUUAACAGCAGCGGGUGCGGCCACCACUUCGCCAGCAUAUCCGGCCACGGCGCAGCCCCGUUCGAUCCUUCGCUGCAGCCUAACAAAUACAUGGACAUGGUCCAGGUGGACGCCUGCAACGGUCUCCUCCUCUACUGCGGCUGCAACGAGAAGUUGUCCCCUUUCAAUUGGGCAGAGGAUGAUUUCCGUUUUGUCGUGUGCAAUCCCCUCACUGGGAGGUGGGUGGAGCUGCCUCCUACGCUGCAGGCGCCAGAAAAUAACAGAUAUAGUUGUACCGCAGGCCUGGCUUUUGAUCCGGCGGACUCAUCCCAUUUCAAUGUUCUUCACUUCGAGCAGGCCCUUCACGAAGCUUACGUUACAGGAGUGAACAUCUACUCGUCGCGGGCAAGAGCCUGGACUCGCAGGGAUAGUGGGAUGGUUGAGAAAGUGGCGCCGUUCUUCCGUGGUAAAUGUGUCUUUGUUGGCUGUAUGAUGUAUGUGAUUGGCAGCCUGAUGGACAUGAAAAAUGAGUACGUGCUCAUGGGGGUGGACAUGGAGGGGAAAGUGUGGAAGACUAUCCGUGUGCCGUAUGGACAAAGAUUUGCUACGAUUGGAGUGUCACAGGGGUGCUUACACUAUGCUGCAGCUUCUGUCGUUGAUAACAAUAAUAGGACGGUUUCCCAGAUAGCGCUCUGGUGCCUCAAGGAUCGUGACAGCAAAGAAUUAGUCCUGAAGCAUACUGCCAACAUCAAUAAACUUAUGAGCAUGACUGGAAAGAAGUACAUGGUGGAUGCGAUUCAUCCAGAGUGCGACACAAUUUUUUUGAUUUCAUAUGGAGGUGACACCUUAGCGGCGUAUGAUAUGCGACAUCAGAAAGUUGGUUGUAUCCUUAAUCUUGAGAAAAGCAAUACAUACCGAUUUCUACCCUAUGUUCCUUUGUUCUCAGAGUCGUUAGCAGAUGCAGAUGAGCAGUAGCGUCACCUUCAAACAACCCUUGUGCUUCCUCCAGGAAUUGAUUCUUCUGUUGGUUGAAGUAUUUGCCUGUGUACUUUGGAAUCUACUUGAAUCACGCGGCUCAAGUUCCUGGUGAUUAAUUACAGUCGUGCUUGCUUGAUUUCUAGUUUAGAGCACAUGCAUG